UUGUGAAAUCCAACCCCGGAAGUGGCCGUGUUUACCCGGUUUGCCUUGACUCGGGUGUAACGCAGCGACGCGCGGUCCGGUACCAGCGCACGGCGACUCCCUGCUGCAGUCCGACGCGCGCACGGAACCUCCACAGAGCCCGCUCACCGGCACCAUGUCGCACACCGUCAUCACGAGCACGAGCCCCACGGGCAGGACGUCCGGGGACGGCGCGCUGAACCUGGGCUACACCCGGACCAUCCCGGGCCUGCUGAAGCUGGGCCAGAUGCUGGCGCUGCUCGUGGCCUUCCUCUGCGUGCGCUGUGCACGCGGCUGGCCCAGCUGGGCGGCGUUCCAGUACUUCGAGGUGGUGGCGCUGUGGUUCCUCAUGGCCUUCCUCGUCUUCUUCCUCAUGCACCUGUUCAGGCUGCAGGCGAAGAUGCCCUGCAUCAACUGGCCGCUGACGGAGUUCUUCCAUUACUCCGUUGGCACCGUCCUCAUCCUCAUCGCCUCCAUCGUCGGCGCCGUUAAGAGCGGAGGAGUUUCAGCGCUCGUGGCCGGAUCGGUGUUUGGGUUCAUAGCGACGUUCCUGAUGGCCGUUAGCUUGUGGACGUCUUACAGUGUGACCUGCGGCUCCCAUCAGACCGGUGCAGUAGUGUAAGAAGUCAUCCGUCACAAAGGAGACAGUUUGCUGUGUUCUGGUUUCUGCCUAGAAACAACCGUGAUCAUGAACCUGAUUGGAAGGUACUGGAACAGCUGAUCCAGGGCCAGCUGUUGCUUUACAUAAGACCCAAGUUAUUACUACUUCAUUUUCCUUAUCUGACUAACAUUUAACGUUAAGGUGCUCAGUUUUACAUUCUCCCUCUUGCCCGUUAUCUGCUAUCGAGUAUCCAGAGAAGCUUUUUAGACUAAAAUAACAGACUCUUCCUGUGUGCCAUAAAAAAAACAAAAAACAAUUGAAAGUAAGAUCCUGCCAAGAUGGGCCUCCGCUGCAGGGCCAGCCUUGAUUUGCUUGAUUUAUGAUCAAAUGUUUCAUCCAUUCCAACUUGUUAUAUUCUAGUCUUAAAAUUCCUAAAGCUCAGUAGAGAUGAAUGAAUGAAUUAAAGAAGCUGCACUAAGCUCUUUUUCUAAAAUCCAUUUUCUUAAAUGGCAUCUAACGAAGUGACGCACAGCAAAGCCCUGUUAGCCUGCUAUGCUACUUUCUGCUAGCACACCAAAAUAUUCUGUGAUUAGUUUAUCAACUAGUAAAUACCCUGCAUGCUUAUUGUUGAAUGCUAAAACGUGACUCAGGCGCUAAUGUGGGGUAAAAAAAAAACAGUAGCAUGCUAAAGGAGUCUGUGAUUUGAAACAAAAGUAAAAACUAGCAUGCCAACGAUGCUAAAACAAACCAUGGAAAAGUGCAGCCUUUUUAAUUAAAAUAUGAAGGAUAUUUUUCCUCUUGUGAACGAGUGUGGCAGUAAUGAAGCUUCACAUUGAAUAAGUUAACCUGUUCAUUACUUGGGCGGCUACGAGUUCGCCAUCAAAGAACAGAAUUUAUUAGUGUCACCAGGACCAGCCGGACGGGACAUGCCAGAUGUCCUUGGUGCUUUUGAAGAUAAAUAAAGGCACAAAGCCCAUCAGUAGCAGUUGUAAUUGAUGUCAAGAAGGAGAGGUUCUAUUUUGAUUUCUUUGGAGCGUGUCAGGGGUCAAAUGGAAGAACAAUGACUGGAAGUCUGCUUGCACAGAUUAAUACAAUUAAUGCUAGCACACAUUAAUUUAAAAAUGUACUCUUUUUUUGGAAUAUGUAAAGAUGAAUUAGUACACAUGGAUCAAUGAACAUAAUUAUUAUAACCUGUGCAUGAGUUAUUAACACACAUCUACCAAUUAAUAAAACCCACAAUGGAUUAAUAGAUAGUAAUGUAUUGAUUCAUGGAUUAAUAAGAAGAAUAAUGCAUUUGGGUUUUAGAUUAAAUGGCAAAAACUUUUUUUUGUGAAAGCUCUAUUUAAUUGCUAUACGGGUUUAAUUUUCAUCACAAUGACCAGGGUCAUAGAAAUAGUGAGAACCUUUUGAAUAUACAGAAAACAGUAAGCUGAAAGAUCUUUACUUUGUUUUUCACCAUCUGUCUGACUUUGAUUGUCAAUCUGUGCCUUUUUUAGUGAGAGUUUAUGAACUCGUUGCACAGAUUUCCACUUUGUUGUGUCUGAACACAAAUGGUUAAAAGUAUUCAAAUUCGUCUUUUAGUUCUACAAACAUUUCUACCUGCUGAACAUUUGAUGGCUAAGUGACAAAGAGCAAAACAACGUACUAACCACGUCACGUUAGCUUUAGCGGUCAAACCAAAUCCUUUUCUCACCUGGGAAAAGUGAAAUGUGAAAUGCAUAAAACAAAAUACUCUGUGUCUAUUAGCAGAUUAAUCUUAAUUAGCAAGGUGAUCAUUUACAUAUUCAAUGUCAAGUCACUUUCAAAAAGUUUAAAAUCUGCCAAAAAAGUAGCUAUUUAGUUAACGUUAGCUUGUUUGCUGCUUACGAUUGGUUUGCUAAUGUAUGUUAGCUCAUUGGCUACGUGAAGAAUUGAGCAGGAGUCGAUGGCUAGAGACGGACAACCAUUCUCCUCCAUUCGCACAACUACGAGUCACCUUUUAACCUGUUGUGUGUCUUACUUGCUGAGUGAGGUUCGUAGGAUUAAAAAUCAUCAAGCGUAACGGUUUGUGAUCGAGUGGGAAAACAUUCCUGCCAUUUUUUUCUAUCAGCGAUGUGAAGCUGAACUUCCAGUCCGAGGCGUUCUUCCUCAGAUUACUGCCGUAGGUUGUUCACACGCCAAAAAUAUCUUAUUUCACUCCAUGUGUUACGUUUCCUUUGAAGCAGCUCCAAGCACAGAAUGGAACAUUUUUGUCAAAUCUAAUUACAAAUGACUGUUUCCCUUUGAUUUCUAAAUGGGUUGAAUUUUAGGGUUGCGUGACAAAUUAUAAACUAGUUUCAAUACAGAUUCUCGUGUUACUUCUGGUGCAUAUUUUAAAUCGGUACACACUGUGUGAUAAUGUUUGUCCAACACUUUCUCUGUGUUACACUGAAAACUACGUCAAAUAUGAUCAAGGUUGGAGCAUUAAAGUAGAAAAAACAAGUCAUUUUUUUACCACAAAACUGAACCCAGAAUACAUGAGAGAGGUGAUCCGACACAUGGCCGAUGACACCAGAUCUCAGACUGGUGGACAUUGCUGGUCUCACAGUCCAAUUCGAGAAAAGACAUCUUGGAUCAAUGGCCAAAGAUUUCAACAUGUCGUCUUCAUCUGACCGCCUACAAUCGCACGAGGCUGGUUGACAUCUUGUCGUCGCAUGUAGUCAACUGUUUUCUGCAAAGUAUUGCUGCAUUUCACUCAUAUUUUCUUUUUUUCACAGUCCAAGGUGUUCACUUAACGUGAUGUGGUUGUUUGCUGCUUUGUUGCAAUAUGGUUUAGAUUUAGUCAGCGUUCUUUGAUUUGUUCAAAGAAUCAAUGGAUGAACUUUGGAUAAACAGCUUUUUCUAUCAAUUUCCACCUGGCAUCCAUUUUUGUUAUUGAAUUUGGAUAAUUUUUAUCGGUGCAUAAUCUUUUUUUUGAUAAAGCCAGGUUUGUUAUUGCUGCCUGCACCUGUUCUGUCAGAGUUUGGGCCGUUUGUGCUUUAAGUUAAAGAUAUCAACUUACCGUUUGCAAAGGGUCACCUGACUGUUUGUCCACUGGGAGAUGCAUGACUAACAAGUUAACAUGCUAACAAAUUAGCAUGCUAACAAAUACUGAUCCAGAGCCGUCACAAGACACAUCUUGGGUCUUUGAUGGACAUUUUCAUACAUUUUGCUCAGACAUUUCACGAUAUUUGCCAAGAGACAUUUCAAAUGGAUUAAAAGCAACAAAAAAAAGUAAUAACCCAGAGAAGACAUCUGUUAAAUUCAAUCCAAACCCUGUUUGACCAAAGUCAACGUUGAAUUUCUGAUUCCAUGUGGUUUCCCUCCUUCACUUACGCCUAACUUACAUUUCAUUAAAAAAUGAAACUUCAAGGUCCAUGUAGUUGCUGUUCGAUUGGUUCACACAAUCUUUUCUUAAGACUGUGAGGACUUUGAAGCUUUAAUGUGGAGUUUCAAAGUUCGUGCUUCACCUUUUACAGCCGCCGAGGAAACCGUUUGAAUGGAUACUAAACAAUGUGCUGAAAUAGAUCCAGGUUUAAGGUCAAGACCGAAAUGUGAAUCUCAACUUUUAGAAGGUGAAGAAAACAUGUUUAUUUGCUGAAAAAGUCAAAACAAAGUAAAAAUAAAAGGUUUCAUCAAGGUCAAUACAAGUCAUGUGGAAUCAGGAGAUCCUGUGUCUUCUUGGAUUUUAUAUACUGUACUUUGUGUUGAUUUAUAGCCUUUUUCAGUGUACUCAACACCCAUUUAACACCAUUUGCAAUACUGUAUAAAUAACAAUGUCACAAUAAUAUAAUGAGUAAUAAUAUUUCUGAUUGCCAACAAUCCAGAAAUGAAUAAAACUGAGAUGUUUGUUCACGAUUCUGCUACUUGAUAAAGAGCUAAAUCUGAAAAAAGCCCAGAAUGUUUGUUAAAACAGGAGCAGCCCGGUGGACUAUUUUGGGUUUCUCUCCAAAGUGCCUUAAUGUUCUGUUGAUGUAUAGAUUGGCCGACAGAUUAUACUUCUAUUUACAAGCUAUUUGGGCCGCUUAGUUUCAGCAAACAAAUGAUCUACAGACAAUGCAGCUACAUUUAUAAUGGUGAGGUAUGUUUUAGGUUUUGGGCUCACUGGGUGGAGAAAUGAAGUGAUUUUUUUUUUAUGUUUUAGAAGAAAAGAUGUCCAGAGUAGUAUUAUUACUUCACAUCACAAAGAGCUCACAUUGACUUGUUGUUUUUCUACAUGUUUUUAAAAGUGUGUUUAAACUACAAGUUGUGAUUUGUUGCAUGUUGUAAAUUAAAUGCUCAUUACACCA